AAAGACAACUAUAUAAAAGAAGAGGAAGAAUUAGCAACAUGCAGAGGGAAAACUUCUGGGCAAACAACAUCCACUGCGGAAAAUGGUCUAUGUAGCAGGAAUAAUUGUGUUGCUGUUCUCCCUGGCAGUGGAGGCCAGAAUUGGUGAUUCGAGUGAAUCCAGCUUGUGCACAGAGACAAAGGAAUGUCUUCUAUUUAACCUCACCUGCACAGGUGAGGAGUAUGAGGUGCGCCAGUACGAGACCACCAAAUGGGUGUCAGCCGAAGUGGAAUCCGUCUUUAUGGAAGUGGCCAUCAACAGAGCUUUCUGGAAACUCUUCAAAUACAUCCAGGGGGAGAAUGAUGCUGGCAUGAAGAUUGAGAUGACUGCGCCCGUGCUCAUGAAGACCCAGGACAGCACAAGCAUAUGGAAGUCGUCAGCCUACACCGUCAGCUUCCUCCUGCCCUCCAUUUUCCAGCACAGCCAGAGUCCUCCCCUCCCCACUGAUAGCAGUGUGUACUUCAGCACGAUGCCUGACAUGAAGGUGUAUGUUAAAAGCUACGGAGGAUGGUUGUUCGGUCUCACCUCGAGAAUGAAGUCACGCAGCCUGAGGCAGUCACUGGACGCCGUUGAUGCCUCCUACACGAAAGGGUUCCACUACGACGUUGGCUAUGACAGCCCUACGAAGAUGAGGGACAGGCACAACGAGGUGUGGUACAUAGUGGAGGGAGAGCCUGUGUGUCCAGCAGCUGCUGAAUGAAAACUCUCACUAGAUGGAGUUGUCACCGAUCAGGAGGAGAGAGCGCUCUCCACACCAGCUACCAUAUAUACCCGAGUAUAAGACAACCCUGAAUAUAACCUCGUCUUAUAUUCGGGUAUAUACAGUAACUACUUGAUUCUGCAGGGACCGUUCAUUCAUUGUGCCAUGUUUCUCCUAUUGAGCAGAGGGAAUAAUACAGUAUGACUCUCUGUGCUAGUCCUGUUUUAGGACGUCUUUUUGUAAAAUGUCUUUUGAUAGUCUAGCAAUAUCUUGAUCUUCAUCACCACUGUACUGCACCAUUGUAUUUAUUCUGUUGGGAACUAAAUAAAGUUGUCAUUGUUUCUCAAA